CGAAGCCACCAGCUAACCCCGCAGUGCUAACGAGAAGAUGUCGGACACCGCGGAGUCACCGACGGAGCCGCAGAAAGAGGAGCCACAGCCUCCGUCAGAGGAUUCAGCGACAAGCGAGGACAAGAAAAAGAUUGAUGUGCUGUUGAGGGCAGUGGGAGACACUCCUAUAAUGAAAACAAAGAAGUGGGCAGUUGACCGGGGGAGGACGGUACAGUCCCUGUCCCAGUUCAUCUCUCGUUUCCUCAAGCUUGAUGCCAGUGAACAACUGUUCAUCUAUGUUAAUCAAUCUUUUGCACCCUCACCGGAUCAAGACGUAGGAAUCCUUUUUGAUUGUUUUGGUAGUGAUGGAAAGCUGGUUCUACAUUACUGUAAAUCUCAAGCCUGGGGUUAAACUCCCUCUCCACUUUUUUUUUUUUUUUUAACCUCUCCUUUCUUGAAUUCAUCCUCCAAACAUGCACACUGUUGCUUUUGCUUCGUUGCCAUUUUUUUCAUCUAAGCUUUGUGUACAUACAUACUGUAAAUAAAUUAUUGUGACAAUGUAAA